UGAUUAUCUUAAAACGGCGUCCUUUACUGUACAUGUUGACAACCUGCGUUAAGUGCAUUCCUAAUAAAUAUUUGGGGACCGGUAACCCCAGCAACAUAUUAGCUCAUUGAAGCUAACGUUAGAAAUUUAAAGCCUCCUGCUAACUAGCUAGCGAGCUGGCUAAAGUUAGCUGAAACGAUUGUGUCAGCACAUCUGCAGUAAUCUGCCCCGGACGUCGCUGGAGGGGGGCACGAAUCCCAACAAGCAGAACCGGUUCUAGAGACAAUAAAUGGCCCUGUCCAUGAUACUGUGAGCAGUAGUUAUCGCACUGGGUUCGUCUCUGUAGCACGAUGCUAACAAUAGCUCCUGAUGCUACUGAAGCAAGAACGUAAACAAAAGCCCAUCGGUUCGCUGCUCUCACUAUUUGUAUUUGUUUCCACCCGCACGGCGUCUCAUAGCUGUGUUUACAUUAUCCCGUGAGGAGCUAUGGGUUAACAACACUUGACUUAAUUCAGCUGAGGACUUCUGAACCUUUUUAUUCUUCAAAUCCACUCACCAUAGAGGAGCAAGGAGCGAGUACAGACUGCAAACAGAAUGACCAGCUCAUCUGCUCCCAGGAUGGUGAAUAGUUACAAGCGGACUUCAAGCCCCCGAUCCCCGACAAACAGCGGGGAGCUUUUCACCCCAGCACAUGAGGAAAAUGUGCGCUUUAUUCAUGAUACCUGGCAGUGUGUUCUCCGAGACAUCAGAUCAACACAAAAUAGUGAACGUAAUGACCGUGGACCACAGGAGUAUGUGGAGAAGAACCCAAACCCUAACCUACAUUCUUUCACACCAGUGGACCUAAGCGACCUCAAGAAACGCAACACACAGGACUCCAAGAAGUCUUAGUCUUUCUCAUGAUGGUCCAGUCGCUUCUUUCCACCCAUUAUCCUCGAGAACUUUUCCUCCAUCAGCCAGAAAGUCAGCCCUGUUGGCCAGUCUAGCACAGAAUGCCAAUCUCAUAUCUCAACUCUGGACCAUAGCAAUGCCCGUCUCUUUCUUUACCCGCUACAACUGACAACGAAGAAAGGAACCAGGAUUCCAGGGUGCACAAAUCCUCUCGUCUCUUGGUUCAUAUUUUUUUCAAGUCAGAAAAUGUUCAUAUAUACAUUCUUUAUGUGGAUGGGACUGAUGCAGACGUUCAUCAACAUUUGCUGACAUCUGAUGCUGAGGUACAAACUGUCAACACUCCACAGGACACAAAAGACUACAGUCUUAAAUGUAAACUUUUUUCUUUACUACUGCUACUUAUAUGACUUAGGAGGACAAUGUGAAAGGGCUGACUUAUUUUUCUUUUGUUUUUUGAAGAUAGUAUGAUCAGUAAAUUGUAGAUGUAAUUGAAUCGUCACAUUGGGUAUACACUUUGGGAAAGUUUUGGAAGCCAAAUGCAAUGUAGAAGGCCAACGUUUUUAUUAUAUAUUUUCUUGCCCUCAAAUGGACUUUACUAAGUAGAGACCUCCCCGAGUAUGCUGCCCUUGGUUAACCCCCCUAAGCCUUGAAACAAAAUGUUGAAUAAAAGACUUUUACAGUA